UGACUGUCGCCUGUUCUACAAGAUGAGUAACAGCCACCCUCUUCGCCCCUUUACUGCUGUUGGGGAAAUUGAUCAUGUGCACAUAUUGUCUGAACAUAUUGGUGCCUUGUUGAUUGGGGAAGAGUAUGGCGAUGUCACCUUUGUUGUGGAAAAGAAACGUUUUCCUGCCCACAGGGUAAUUUUAGCAGCAAGGUGCCAAUAUUUUCGGGCAUUACUGUACGGUGGAAUGCGAGAAUCUCAGCCUGAAGCAGAAAUUCCUCUUCAAGACACCACUGCCGAGGCUUUUACCAUGCUGCUCAAAUACAUCUACACUGGCCGGGCGACUCUGACAGACGAGAAGGAGGAGGUGUUGCUGGACUUUUUGAGCCUUGCUCAUAAAUACGGAUUUCCAGAGCUGGAGGAUUCUACCUCCGAGUAUCUCUGCACCAUACUCAACAUCCAGAAUGUCUGCAUGACUUUCGACGUUGCCAGCCUCUACUCUCUCCCCAGGCUGACUUGUAUGUGCUGCAUGUUCAUGGACAGAAAUGCUCAGGAGGUGCUCGCCAGCGAGGGCUUCCUCUCUCUCUCCAAGACUGCACUUUUAAACAUCGUAUUACGAGAUUCAUUUGCAGCUCCUGAGAAAGAUAUUUUCCUAGCUUUGUUAAACUGGUGCAAGCAGAAUUCAAAGGAGAAUCACGCUGAAAUCAUGCAGGCUGUGCGUUUACCUCUGAUGAGCCUUACCGAACUUCUCAAUGUGGUGAGACCUUCGGGACUGUUAUCUCCUGAUGCCAUUCUGGAUGCGAUCAAAGUUCGAUCAGAGAGCCGGGAUAUGGACCUCAAUUACAGAGGCAUGCUCAUACCAGAAGAAAACAUUGCAACGAUGAAGUAUGGAGCUCAGGUUGUAAAGGGGGAGCUGAAAUCCGCUUUGUUAGAUGGUGAUACUCAAAAUUACGAUUUGGAUCAUGGGUUUUCCCGGCACCCAAUUGAUGAUGACUGCCGUUCUGGCAUCGAGAUUAAGCUGGGCCAGCCAUCCAUUAUUAAUCACAUAAGGAUACUCCUGUGGGACCGUGAUAGCAGGUCUUAUUCAUACUUCAUUGAGGUGUCCAUGGAUGAACUCGAUUGGAUCAGAGUGAUCGAUCAUUCUCAGUAUCUCUGUCGUUCUUGGCAAAAGUUAUAUUUUCCAGCCCGGGUCUGCAGAUAUAUUCGAAUAGUUGGAACUCACAACACAGUUAACAAGAUUUUUCACAUUGUGGCUUUUGAAUGUAUGUUUACAAACAGAACUUUCACUCUUGAGAAGGGGCUGAUAGUUCCCAUGGAAAACGUUGCAACCAUUGCGGAUUGUGCCAGCGUGAUUGAAGGAGUAAGUCGGAGCCGAAAUGCCUUGCUGAAUGGGGACACCAAGAAUUAUGACUGGGAUUCUGGCUAUACAUGUCACCAGCUGGGAAGUGGUGCCAUUGUGGUUCAGCUGGCACAGCCCUACAUGAUCGGGUCGAUACGGUUAUUACUCUGGGACUGUGAUGAUCGAAGCUAUAGCUACUAUGUUGAGGUUUCUACCAAUCAGCAACAGUGGACCAUGGUGGCUGACAGAACCAAAGUAUCCUGCAAGUGUUCCACUGUGUCCACUUCGAGUGCCCGGAGCAGCAGAACAGCCAGAAGGAAGAAAACGGCGAGGAAGUGGGGGCGGGGGACCCCAGCCCGUCGGGUCCACAGCUCGACCCCCACGCCCUGCCCGGCAGCCCACGCGCCUCUCGCUCCCCCAGUCGGCAGCACCAAUAAAGGAGGUGCAGACACGGAGUCGGGGGCCUCCCCCCCGAGCUGAGAUCUUUGGGGGCCGCCGUGGCCUGGCCCCACCUUCUAAUAAGGGCCGACCUGGCGCAGGAAGGGGUGGGGCAGCCGCCGAGGGGGGAGCACCAGGGUCUUCAGUCCAUAACGCCCACCCACCCCGCCUCCAGCCUGACCAGGGACCAGCCUGCUGGGUCUCCGCUUCUUCCUGUCGCUCUCCCCUUGCUGACCGGGGUUUGACUCUCAGAAAUUCUCGAAGGGCACGUCCCUGCCUGAGACCCCCCAGGCUGGGGCCCAGACCCCUGCACCCCGCGGCCCCAGGGCUGACGGAAACAACUCUGGGAGCCGGACAGCUGCUGUCCAGGGCCUCUCGGAUGGCCCCAAACUUCCCUGUCCCCCGCCUGGGCAUCCUCUCCACUGCAGGGGGCCGGGAGAUCCCUGGCCACUCCCAGCGGGCCCGGCCUCGGCUGACAGUCGGUCACGGGGCUGUUCGGUGAUGGGUGGCCCCAGCCAUCCCCCCCAGACACAGACCUUGGGUUCGACUGCGAGACCCACGCAGCUGGAGGCAGUUUCCCCGGAGUCGCCCCUGCAUCUCUCGGCCAGCCCGGAUGUCCCUUAGCUGUUGCCAUCCCAGUGCCAGGCGCACUUUGUAACCGGACCGUCAUUGUCUGGGGGGCGCUCCUCCCCAAGCUCCAACCUCCCCGCAGGCUGGACCCCGCUGUGGGCCCCACUGUCCCUCUGUCCCAUCACUGUGCCCAUCCCUCUGUCCCUCUGUCCCCGUUAACUAUGUCCUUCCCUCGGUCCCCGGCCCUGCGCCCCUAUCCCUUUGUCUCCUGGCGCCCUGUCCCUCUGUCCUCGUCCCUCUGUCCCCCGUCCUCCGCAUGUGGGCUGGGUCUCCGUGCCCCCCAGGACAUGGCUCAGAGAUGGGGCCCUCGAGGAGCGUCAGAGCUCAGCUGGCUGUGGUGGAGACGGGCCGGCCCCUCUGUCCGGGCCUGGUGACAGGGCCAUCCAGCCGCCUGAUGACACCGGAAGUGUAUCCUGUUUGGACACCACAGGAAGGGGUUGCUUCAGCCUCUCCCCCAUUUCCGCCCCCCCCCCCCCAGCAUGCGGGCGCCACGGGGAGCACGUCCUGUGUGUUGGCACCCGGUCACCAGUCAGGGUCAAGAGGCCUGUCCACUCAAGCACCCACCUACUGGAUCCCUGACCCUGGGGAGCCCCUGGGCCCCCGCAGGGCAGCCCCAGGUCCCUUAGGGGGUGCCUCUGUCCUUGUGUCUGAAGCUUCUCAGCAGGAGCCCAGGGCCGACCCCUGGCACCCCGCGGUCCCCACGCCAGAAGUGUCUGA